AUGCCGCCGUCCCCGAACGGCGGCGGAACGCGGGCCAAGAGGAGAGGCCGCAAGCAGUGCGAGAACCUCGGGCGGAACCGGCGGAGCCGAAGGAAGGCCGGGAGCGGGGGACAGGUGGUGGAGGCGGUGACGCUCUUCGAGGUGGUCAGCGUGGGCUACGGCGCUAUGCAGUCGGUGGUGGACGACUGGGUCCGGGCCUAUAAAGUCGACCGGGAUGGGGCCCUCCUGGACCUCAUCAACUUCUUCAUCCAGUGUUCGGGCUGCCAAGGGUUGGUGACGCCGAAAUGUUCCAGAGCCCUCCGGGAACGACCUGGCGCGGAGAAUGGCGGAGGAGUUCGACGAGGAAACGGGAUUACAGUACAAAAAAUUCAUGGCGUAUCCCUGGAUUUUGACCAUUACCUGGCCAGUGGACACGGAAAACGACAGCUACCCUCUGAUUAAGCCGGGACCCUACUGGAAGAAAUUCAGAGCCAUUCUGUGAGUUUACCACAGUGCUGAUUCAACAGUGUCAACCCCAGCAUUCUCUACGACGGGUACCUG